AUGAAUGCAAUUAACAACAAAAAAGGUGGCGUCUUUUUCAUCUAUAGUUAUGGAGGAACAAGAAUUUUUUUUUGGAAGACACUGUCUGCUGCUAUUAGAUCUAAAGAUGAAGUAGUUAUUAUUGUUGCUUCAAGUGGAAUUGUAGCACUCUUGCUUUCUUGUGGUAGGACAGCGCAUUCAAUAUUUCAUAUACCAAUUAACUUGAAUGAGAAUUCGUUUUGUUCUAUUACGCCAGGUAACGAUGUAGCUGCCCUGUUGAACAAAGCGAGCCUUAUAAUUUGGGACGAAGCCCCAAUGAUGCAUCGUCAUUGUUUCGAAGCAGUUGAUAAGACACUUAGAAAUAUUAUCCUUCCUAAGAACAAUGAUAAACCAUUUGGAGUUUUACGUUUGACUGUAAACAUGAGGCUUCAGUUUGGUUGUCCAAACAAUGAUUUCGAAGAGACAAAUUCAUUUGUUGAUUGGAUUCUUAAAAUUGGUGAAGAUACUAUCGGUGGUCCUAAUGAUGAUAAAGCUAUUUUGGUCCCUACUAAUGAAGAAGUUGAUGCUAUCAACGACUACAUGUUAGAAUUGAUGAAAAAUGAAGGGAAAACAUAUAUGAGUUUAGAUUCCUUAUGUGAGACCGAGACAGAAGAUUCUUUAGAGGAAUCAGUAUACUCUCCGGAUGUGUUGAACGCUUUUAAGGCCUCCGAAAUUCCCAACCAUAAACUUAUACUAAAAAAAGGUGUAUCGGUCAUGUUGCUUCGUAAUAUCGACCAAACCAGAGGACUACACAAUGGUACUAGAUUACAAAUCGUAAGCCUUGGAAGACACGUCAUUCAAGCACGAAUCAUAUCUGGUAGAUUUUUCAACGAGACUACUUAUAUACCUCGCAUGAAGUUGACCCCAUACGAUAAAAAAUUCCAUUCCAUUUUCAAAGUAGGCAAUUCCUAA